GGGCACUGCUGUUGUGUGUGGAGAUCUCUCAGAGCAGCAGCCCCUGAUCAUGUGACUCCCCCUCCAUAUGACUGAUCACAUGACGGUGACAUCAUCGCAGGUCCUGUAAGCACACGGCUCCUCUACAGAUAUAGGUUUCUCCAAUCCAGGAUCCUCUGCUGAUAUCUUCUAUAUAAGAGAAUUCUCCUGGAUGACCCAUCAACCAUGGAGAGAGACAGGAACAAGAUGGCCGACAGGAUCAUAAACCUCACCCUACAUAUACUCUUCCGGCUUACUGGAGAGGAUUACACAGUAGUGAAGAAGUCCUCUAGUGGGCGCUGUCGGGCCCCUGUGUGUGAAGGAUGGGGAAGAACCCUGAGCCCAAUCCCGGGGCCCCCACCUCACUCCCUGAUACAUGAGGAAAUGGAUGAACAGAAGAUCAGAGAACUCAUCAACAAGAUGAUGGAGCUGCUGACUGGAGAGGUUCCUAUAAGGUGUCAGGACGUGGCGGUCUAUUUCUCCAUGGAGGAGUGGGAGUAUGUAGAAGGACACAAGGAUCAGUACAAGGAUCAGGUCAUGAUGGAGGAUCAGCAGCCCCUCACAUCACCAGUCAGAUCCAGUAAGAGAACAGCACCAGAGAGGUGUCCCCGUCCUCUUCUUCCACAGGAUGAUCAGGUAGAUGGAGAUAUUCCCUAUGAUCUGUAGAAGGGCUGUGAAGC